CUUUUGGACAUGGCGAAAUUGACUGUACUGUUAGUGUUCUGCUGCGUACAUCUUUCACUGGAAGAGGCGAACAAUACCUCGAGAGCCAAGUUUAGACAAUCACCACUCCAAAAGUGCGCCGAAGAAAAUGGUAUCGAUGGUUCAAAUGCCCACAUGGUUUAUAACAAAGUGCGUCAUAAUCCCCAUUAUGUAGCCAACGAAACGGAAAAAUGCUACAUUACGUGCAUCCUUGUGGCUAAAAAUCAGCUCACGCCUACGGGCGAAGCUAACCUGGCAACCGAAAUAGAAAAGCAAAGAGUUCAGGUGGAAAAGCUCAAAACUUGUAAUGAAAUUAGGGAGGAAGAUAUUAACAAGGCGGCUCUCAAACUUCAAAUUUGUAUAAACAAAUUGCGUCAGUAGUAAUUUCCCUUGUAGCUGUUAUUCUUAAAUUUUGUUUUUAUU